GUCUUUAGCCAACCAUGUAUGACCGAGACUGAGACUGAGACUGAGACUGAGACUGCGACUGACUGUCCUAAAAUCAAAUUCAACUUUUAUUCAAAUCAAAACAAACAACAAUCCUUCAUUUCAUUUCUCGCUCUUUCUUCUUUUUCUCUUUCGCGCUCUCUCAGUUGAACGCAGCAGAUAACUGUUUCUUCUUCUUCGCCUACUGCAAAACCAGAAGUUGAGAGAUGACUAGUCGACUCAAGGAAGAUGAGAAAAACGAACGAAAGAUACGAGGUCUUCUCAAACUUACACCAAAUCGUAGAUGUGUUAACUGCAACAGUUUGGGACCACAAUAUGUGUGCACAAAUUUCUGGACGUUUGUUUGCACAAACUGCAGUGGAAUACACCGAGAAUUUACACAUCGAGUAAAAUCAGUUUCAAUGGCAAAAUUUACUGCACAAGAAGUUAGCGCACUUCAAGAAGGAGGAAAUCAGCAUGCAAAAGAAAUCUAUUUUAAAGAAUGGGAUCCACAACGUCAUUCUUUGCCUGAUAGCCAUAAUGUUGACAGGCUCCGGGAGUUUAUUAAGCACAUUUAUGUGGAUAGGAGAUUCACUGGUGAGAGAACCUAUGACAAACCUCCAAGAGUAAGGAGUGACAAGGAUGAUUCCUAUGAAAACAGGAGGAUUGAGACAUACCAGGGAGGACCUAAAAGCCCUCCAUAUGAAGACACAGAUGAACGUCGUUACCCUGACAGGUCUAGUCCCGGUGGAAGAAGUCCUGGAUAUGAUCAAGAAAAUAGGCAAUAUGAUUACAAGAGAAGCCCUGGUCGUCCUCCAGUAAUCAAUGAUUGGCGCCGUGAAGAUAGAUUUAGAGAUGGACGGAAAUUCGAAAAUCAUAGACUAUCUGAUGGAGAUAAUAAGGUGGAAAGCCAAUCUCCUGAGCAAGCCCAAGAACAAGAUUCUUCAAGCCCACCCGUAGGUCGACCUGUUAGAGAUAUUUUGGGAGAUAAUGUAGUAGCUCCUCGAAUCAGUGGACCCCCCAAAACAAACAAUGGACAGGCUGCUAAUGGAUCAGCACUCUCGCAGAGAACUGCAUCUUCCAGUAGCUUGGCAUCCAGCAACGGAACCCCAGCAGAAGUUAAGAUUGAAACUAUUAAGAGCCUUAUUGAUUUUGAUGAUGAUCCUGAACCACCUGCUGCUCCAGCAAUUCCUCAAGCCCAACAAACUACUGUGGCUCAACUUAUGAUGCCAGCAAAUUCCAGUGAUAAUAAUUGGGCCUCCUUUGAUGUUGCUCCUGAGGUAAAAGUAUCUCAGGGUCCUUCAAAUGUAAAUCCACUUGAAUCUGUGCUGUCCCAAUUGUCAGUACCAGCAUCUUUACCUGGUCAUACUUCUGGAGUCCAAGGGCCUGUGACAGGAUCAACUCUUAGUGCUACUGCUGCUGGAGCUCCAACUGUUAUCAGCUUCUCUACAUUCCCAGCUAAUGGUGUGUCAGUAACAUCUCAUGCAUCACUUCUCAAUGAUGCAGGACUGCAAGCCAGUUUGCAGUAUCAACAACCUUUGUUCACCACUAAUGCUAGUCAGCCCAUUAUUCAACAAUCUACGCUGCCAGUAGGUGGAGCUUUGAAUAAUCAGCCGUGGCAUAUACCUUCUGUACCCACAGUACAGGGGUAUCCAAGUGCACCAUUGCCACAUGCAUCUCAUCAUAUCUCAAACGCAAAGUCGGUCAAUCAGGAUACACCCAGUGUUGUUUCACAAUCUUCUACUGUAGACAUAAAACCAAGUGGGAGGAAUGAACUUCCUCAGGAUCUAUUCUCUAUGAAUUAUUCAUCCUUUCCUGCUCCAGCUCCAGGUUGGCAAAUGGGUCCACCACAUGGCAUGGGUAUCUCAGUUCAACAUAAUAAUUUGGUGCCCAUGCCAAGUUUACCGCUGCCAUCGAAGUCAAUGAAUCCAUUUGAUGUCAGCAACGAACCAACUCCAGUUCAAGCCCCAACUUUUCCUUCCAUGUCAUCUUUACAAGGUGCUCUGCCUAGUGUAACACCUUCAGCCACAUUGCACCCUUCAAACAUGGGUAAUCUAUCUAUUCCCUGGAAUCCGCCGUCAUCAUCAUCAUAUGUAUCAGUGCUUCCUCCACAAGCACAAACUCUUUCAUCAACAAUGGGACCAAGGGCACACAUGGGGCAACAUAUGCCAAAUAAUGUUCCAAUGCCAAGGCAUCAAGGAUUUGGGAGCUUUGGAAAUGAUGGUGCUGCAUUUGGUUUCUCAAGUCCAGAUCAGCACCUGACUAGUAGGUUGUCAACCCCUGCUACCUCAAACCCCUUUCCUGCAGUAGGAGGAAACCCAUUUGGAUGAUUUUGUUUGCUCGGACUCUUUAGUCAAGUAUGAAGUUGUUCUACCCUGUAUAAAUAUGGUUGAAGUGUUUGUAUCGUUUGUUUGCACGGACUCUUUAGUCAAGCACCAAGCAUAUUGAGAAAUUUACGGUCAGUCAUCUGCGGUGUGGGGAAAGAUGAAUGCGAGAAAUCUGCCUACCAAAAAGAGGGGUCUUACAGGAUUGAGAUAAUUAGUUUAUUUGAAGGGGUCAAUAGAGCCCUGCGCGGUGACUAAUAAAUUUUAGGUGCAGCAACGUGCGGCAAUUGUGGUGUCAUUUGGGUAAUGGUGCGUUUUUUAUUUGGUGCCCCUUAAUUGCAUUAAUUUUUUUUUCCGAUUUUGCCUUGUAUUAUUUUGUAAUCUCAUUAAUUUUUUUAAGAUCUACGUGAAAGUAUAUGAAAUCUGUAAACUGUUAAAUUAUGAGUAGUUGAGUUCUACUGAAAUUAUUGAAAUUUA